GUGGUAUUUCACCGGCGCCGAAGCUCCCACCUAUUCUACACCUCCUAUGUCUUUUCACAAUGUCAAACUAGAGUCAAGCUCAACCAUGUUCGCGCUUUCCAUUUCGCCUGGUCGUGCACGCACGCUCACCAUGAGCGCCCUUGCCUUCGCCGGAAUCUCUUCCUUCUUCAACACCACCCCGCAAGUGCAGCGACAUCAAGAAGGAGGAGCCCGACCGCGAAGAUGACCACCGAUCAUUGCUGGCCUCGAGUGUCCGCGGACAGAUGCUCGAGGUCAAGCAUCUUUCAAGCCAAGCUGGUCUGAAACGAUGCCUUCACUCAAGCGCCCGGCGCUGACUCUGCUCGAUCCCAACGCCCUGAAUACUACUGAGCCAUCAACCUCUACACGCCCGUUGAAGCGCCAGAAGAUCGAUCACACACCUGAUCCAGAGCCGGCUCUCCCACCCACUCGUCCUGAGCCUGAGCCCACCAACUUUAUCGACAGUCACUUCAUCGCCUGGGUUGAUGCGCUACCUGAAUCCAUGGUUGGACCACUCGGCGGCGAUGGCACCCAGCUCAAAAUGCCUAUGACAUCUGAGGACGGACGAUCUUUGACUUGGAAGAAGCUGGCUGAACGACUGACUGGGAAAAUCAUCAACUUGCCCAGGACCGACAAUGACUGCUGGUUCAUUGCGGCCGGUCUGGGAGACACCUCAGGCUAUGCGACUGUGAAAAUCGCCGCUGCUGGGAAUCGAAACAAGUGGACAGUGCAUCGCAUCAUGUACUUCCUCAUGCACCCCGAAGAGAUUGACGAAGCCCGAGGGGCGAAACACUGCUCUCAUCGAUGCAACCGUGGACGCGCCGACACCUUGAAAGGCAUCGACGUCUGCUGCAUCAAUCCACACCACCUGAGACUUUGCGAUGGCGCAGAGAAUCAGGACCACAAGGGCUGCAAGCGCUCCCAGGCUGCCUGGUGCCCGCACGAACCAAAAUGCAUCUUCACCAACGACGAGGGCUUUUGGCUGCCAUGCAGGAACACGACAAGCCGCUCGACAUUAUGCGUCUGCGAAAUGGAUUGUUUGGGAGACAGGGCAAGCGAGGACGCUGCUGAUGUAGCCUCCGGAGAGGAAGAGUGACUGAACCUAAGUUCAUAGCCGAAUGAUAUGGAAAACUACCAACUAUGCAUACACACAGUCCCUCUGAACUUCAUGCCGCGGGCACUUGGAUCAGAGGCAGGCUUUCGCCUGGGAUUAGCACGUACCUUAAGCCCUGCCGCCGUGGCAGGACCGACACCUUUCCGCGCGUUACGACGGCUCGUGAGAGCUCGCCACGGGAUUACCAUAGACUGACGUCCGUAGGCUCCCCCGUACCAGGUUGUCUCGCCCACAGCUUCCCGCGAAUUGUGAUGCUGUUGGACUAACGUCAGGGCCGAAGCAGUGACGUUCUGAACCCCAUUAAACUUGUUCAGGGUCUUCUUUCCCCGCUGAUUCUGCCAAGCCCGUUCCCUUGGCUGUGGUUUCGCUAGAUAGUAGAU